GGGAUGAUGCCUCGGGUGGAACAGCCGCUUGCCACUUAUUUAGCCCCCGAAUCUGCAUCAUCCCUAAAAACCCCGGUGCUGCCCACUAAACCAUGCCGUGAUACAUCUGCGUUAGUGGGCAGGGCUUAUAUGGCUGCGGGGAUUGCUCUGAGGAGCUUCCUGCCGGAUUUCAAGGGUCAUCACAUCCUUGUGAGGACGGACAAUAUGUCUGUGGUGGCCUACAUAAACCAUCAAGGGGGUCUGAGGUCUCGCCCUCUAUGCAGACUGGCGCAUCAGAUCCUAUUGUGGUCCCAGGGAAAAAUGUUGUCUCUCAGAGCAACAUACAUCCCAGGGAAUCAGAAUCAGGGAGCAGACAUCCUGUCGAGGCAGGGGCUGAGGCCCGGGGAAUGGAGACUCCAUCCCGAGGUGGUGGAGUCCAUAUGUCAGAGGUUCGGCCCAGUGGAAGUGGAUUUAUUCGCGUCUCGAGAGACGACUCACUGUCCACUGUGGUUCUCCCUCACACAUCCAGUCCCACUGGGAUUGGAUGCCAUGGUACAGACGUGGCCGAGGCUGCGUCUGUAUGCCUUUCCCCCGAUCGCUCUGCUCCCGGGAGUUCUAGAGAGGGUUCGUCGCAACGGCAUCAGUUUAUUAUUGGUAGCCCCAUUGUGGUCGGCCCGAGUAUGGUUCUCAGACAUAAUAUUACUCCUGGACGGCCCUCCGUGGGAGCUUCCCAUCAGGAAGGACCUGCUGACACAGGCAGAGGGCUCAAUUCUUCACCCUCGGCCCGAACUAUGGAAACUAUGGGUCUGGCCCCUGAGGGGGCACAGUACAGAGAAGCCGGCCUGUCAGCAGGAAGAGUGGGAGGUCGACCCACUUAACUGCCCAGUGGCUUCAGUGCUGGAGUUCCUCCAAGAUCGCUUCUCAGCUGGUCUUACCCCGUCCACUAUCAAGGUGUACGUGGCUGCCAUUUCGGCUUUCCACGCUCCUCUGAGUGAUGGGCCUCUGGGGAGACAGCCGUUGGUCAUACGUUUCCUCCGUGGGGCUUGGAGGAUGAGACCUGCGGCUCGUACCAGGGUUCCCACUUGGGACCUGGCGGUGGUUUUCGUAGGGUUGGUUGAGGGCCCCUUCGAACCGCUGGAUUCGGCUGAGGCCAAGGACCUUCCCCUUAAGGUGGCUUUAUUGUUGGCCAUUACUUCUCUGAGGAGGGUAGGAGAUUUCCAGGCGCUCUCUAUAUCUCAUGGGCCUCAUAGCAUUCAUCCUGCAGUGAGAGAGGGGAUAAGAGAGCACAUCCUGAGCUUCCCACGCCAACCGAACCACUACUCACGGAUGAAGGGAGAUGUGGAGAGGGAGUACCUGAGCCCUGAUUUAAACCUGCUCUGCAUGUUCUGCCUGGACAGAACUAGCAGCGAUGUGUUAGCGGUGGCGUCCAGGGACCGCGCAGGAUUCUGGGACUCUUGA